UAGUUCCUUCGCCGUGACCUCUCAACAGAACACAACACAACACAUUACUCUCUCUCUCUCUCUCUCUCUCUCUUUCUCUCGUAUUUUCUGGAACUCAUCACUCUCAUCAGUUACACUUUGAAUACAAAAGACACAAAAUACAAUAGAGUAUUCACUCACUAUUCUAUUCUAUCUAUCGUGCAAAAUCAAAACUCCAAACAAUGGAAGAAGCAAAAAGAGAGCAAAUCGUUGACGUUGGAUCGGUUGUCGAAACUCUUUCUGCUGACGCUUCUGGUGAUGCACCUCUUUACACUCUCGAAUCUCUCUGCAUGCGCUGUCACCAAAACGGAACUACAAGGUUUUUAUUUACUAUAAUUCCUAACUUCAGGAAGAUUUUGCUGUCGGCUUUUGAAUGUCCUCAUUGUGGUGAGAGGAAUAAUGAAGUGCAAUUUGCUGGUGAAAUUCAACCACGUGGUUGCUGUUACUCGCUAAGUAUUCCUGCAGGCGAACCAAAGAUGCUCGACCGACAAGUGGUAAAAUCAGAGUCUGCUACCAUUAAGAUACCCGAACUCGAUUUUGAGAUUCCACCAGAGGCACAACGUGGUAGUCUGUCAACGCUUGAAGGGAUACUAAUGCGAGCUGCUGAGGAACUUCAGGCCCUUCAAGAGGAACGCAGAAAAGUGGCUCCAGAGACAGCUGAUGCAAUAGAUCAAUUCUUGGCGAAGUUGCGAGCCUGUGCAACAGCAGAGUCACCCUUCACGCUUAUUCUUGAUGAUCCUGCUGGAAACAGUUUCAUUGAAAAUCUGUUUGCACCAUCACCUGAUCCAUCAUUGACUAUCAAGUAUUAUGAGCGAACUCCUGAGCAACAAGCAUUACUGGGAUAUGUCGCCGAUUCUACACAGAAUGAAGGUGCUCAUGCUGGAGAAACCGUGGUCGCCAGGAGAGCAGGGGGACAUCCACAUGGGUCAGUCGGGGCAGUAGCUGGUCAUCGAGCCAUUGCACAGAGUAAUAGUGCAGCAAUCGCAGAUGCCUUUUUUCGAUAUAGUUCACCUGAAGAGGUGAUGACUUUCCCAUCAACUUGUGGAACUUGUGUCGCCAAGUGUGAAACUCGAAUGUUCGUCACCAAUAUUCCAUAUUUCCAAGAAGUGAUCGUCAUGGCUUCUACAUGUGAUAAUUGUGGUUACCGCAACUCCGAGUUGAAAGCAGGUGGAGCAAUUCCUGAAAAAGGAAAAAAGAUUACUCUUCGUGUGAAAAAUAUUAAAGACCUGAGCCGGGAUGUGAUUAAGUCUGAUACUGCAUGCGUAAAAGUUCCUGAACUCGAAUUGGAGCUGGGAAGCGGCACCCUCGGGGGAAUUGUUACAACCGUUGAAGGUUUAAUUGUUAAAAUCAGUGAAAGUCUUGAAAAGGUCCAUGGGUAUAGUUUUGGAGAUAGUCUUGAUGAGAAUAGAAGAAGCAAGUGGUUAGACUUUCAAGCCAGGCUAAAAAAGCUUCUUAGCUUGGAUGAAGCUUGGACUCUUAUUCUUGAUGAUGCAUUGGCUAAUUCUUUUGUAGCACCUGCGACUGAUGAUCUAAAAGAUGACGAUCAAUUAACAUUUGAGGAGUAUGAGAGGUCAUUUGAGCAGAAUGAAGAUCUAGGUCUGAAUGAUAUGGAUACCUCUUCUGCUGAUGUGGCGUAUGAAUCAACAAGCAUUACAAGUUGAGUGGAAGAAAGAUAUCUGAAGGAGGAACUUUUGUGCCUUCCAUAGCUAGGAAAUAGAGAGAAAGGAAAUGCUACUUGGCUUGUUUAAUGGCUGGUUUAAUUUGCUUGUCAUGUAAAUGUGACCAUUAACUUAUUGUUAUCCUCUCCUUGCGAUUAGAUUUCGAUAAUUUUGCCCUUUUAUUUAUGAAAAACUUUAGCCAUCUUUUUCGACAA